UCACUGAAGGAAACUGCUGGCUGUGCUUCCUCUCUUCAGCCCAGCCCUGUCCUCUGAACCCUGCACACAGCGGCUGGAGCCAUGGGCAUGUCUGCAGAGCAGGAGGAGAACUCCCGCAGCCCCAGAGCUGAGGAAUGGCCAGAAGCGGAGAAGGCUGAGAAGUUAGCAAGAGGAGCUGCUCUGAAAUGGGCCUCGGGGGUGUUUUACCGCCCGGACAAGUUGGAGGGUCUGGGACACUACCGGAGCCGGGAGGCCCAGCGGAACAGCUCGAUCCAAUCCCGGCUAAAGUCGACCGUGCAGUCCCACCUGGAGGGGGUGAGCGCCGGGCUGGAGCAGCUGCGCUCGGCGGCUGGGGACGUGCGGAGCGUGCGCCGGGACCUCUGCGCCGUGCGAUGGCACCUGCUGGGCAGUGCCGAGGGCUUCCAGAGGCUGGCGCCGCUGCGGGCUGUGGUGACGGAGCACACGCAGCUGGCUGCCGUCGUGCGGGCGCUGCCCCAGCUCUCCUCAGUACACGAGCUCCUUGCCCAGUCCCUCCGUCUCCUCCACGGCCAGCAGCUCCUGGAGGCCCACGCCGGGCUCAUGGUGCUGGAGCGCCUGCGGGAGGACAUCACCUCCCAGCUGCACGGCAGCAGCAGCCUCCCGAGCAACCAGGCCCUGGGCGUGGUGGAGUCUUUCUUCGCUGGCCUGCAGGAGCUGAGCGACGCACUGGCCCAGCAGCUGUGGCGCAUCGUGGGCGGCGGCGUGAGGCUGGUGCGGGAGGACCCGGCCCUCUUCGUCUCUGCCGUGCGGAUCAUUGAGAGAGAAGAGAGCGUGGAUGAUGCCCUGCUGCUGGGUCCCCAUGCCCACCACUCCCCCGCCCCUGGGCGCCCCAAAGCCUGGAGGCAGCGGUUCUACCAGGUCAUGCAGGAGACCAUCGCUGCUGCCCACUUCAAGGCUGCUCAUGUGGACGUGAAGGGCCCGGGACUGGGCCGGCACCUGGCCACGCUGCAGAGCGACAUCCUGGUGGAGCUGCGUGUGGUGAAAGACCUGAUGGUGCAGUGCUGCCCACCUCACUAUGACAUCCUCAGCAUCUGCACCCGCAUGUACCACCAGGGCCUCUCCGACCACCUGCAGGACAUCCUCAGCAGGGACCUGGACAAGCAAGAGAUCUUCAUGCUCCUCAGCUGGGUUCUGCAUGUGUACCAGAGCCCGGAAAUGAUGGGUCACCCAGACCUUCUCCCCGAGGUGGACGUGUCAACCCUGGGCCCCCUGGUGUCCCCAGAGGUGGUGGAGCAGAUGGAGAGGAAAUACGUGGGGAAAGUCAAGGCCAGCGUGACUGAGUGGAUGCGGCGCACGCUGGAGGUGGAGUUCAAGGAGUGGUUCCGAGAGGAGGAACCAGAAAUGGACCAUCUGGGCUUCUUCCAGUCUGCCCUGCCUGUCAUCGUCAUGCAGAUGCUGGAUGAGAACAUCCGGGUGGCGUCCCUGGUCGCGGACUCUCUGCAGCAGAAGGUUUACGCUAUGGCCAUGGACGAGCUGGAGGCCUUUCUGAUCAGCCUGCGAGAGGCCCUGGGGGAGUGCGGGAAGGAGCACCAGAAGGACCGAUCCACGCCCAAGCAUUACAUCUCCUACCUGCUGGCCCUGCUCAACAACAACAUGGCGCUGAGCUCUUCCAUCUCCACUCUGCACCCCGGCAGUGCAUCUCUGGCCAAGCCCGCUGAAAUCCCCUCCUCCCUGCAGACGGCGCUGGACAGGGCCCAGAAAAAGGCCUGCCGGCUGCUGCUGGAGGAGCUGCUGCUGGAUUUGCAGCCCCUGUACGUGCAGCUGCCGUCCCGCAAGUGGCUGUCUAGCGCCCAGCUGGUGAACAGCAUGUGCGAGGUGAUCGACAAGUACAUGAGAGACUUCUCCCACGUCAGGAACCCCGUCUUCACGUUUCUGCUGGCCGAGAGCGAGCACUUGGUCAUGAAUCACUACGUGCGGGCGCUCAUGGAGAAGAAGAUGGUGUGCCGGAGCGCCGAGGAGCGGACCCAGCUCUCCAGCCGGCUGCUCCAGGAUGCCUCCCAGCUGCGGGAGCUUUUCCACAACCUGGGCCUGGCCGAGAGUGAGCAGACCCUCGAGGUGAUACUCGCCCUCCAGGAGCUCAUCCGCCUCCAGGACCCAGCCUUGCUCAGCCUGGAGGUCCUGGGAUUUAUGACAAAAUACCCCGACAUCAGCGACGAGCACGUCUCCAUCCUGCUGGAUCUGCGGGGCGAUGUCUCCAAGGAGGUCCGGAACGUAGUGCUGGAAAUGAUGGCGCAGAAUCCGCAGUCCCUGCCCGAAAACUACCAGCCCAUCUUCAGCAAUAUCUUGGUCCCAGCUCCGGAGCUUCCCUUCUGCCUUCGCAAGAGCAAGUGUGCCUGAGACACGCAUGCCGCAGCCCGGCUGUCUGCAGCCUGCCCUGGCCUGCGGUGUCUCCGAAUGACGGACCUCUGAGAGACCCUGGGUGGGGCUGGGCAGAGACGCUGGGUCUCUGCCGUGUAUGAGGUGCUGUCUGGGCUCCAGAGACGUGGCAGGGAAAGCCUGGGCAUCAGCCCUGCUGUGCAGGGAGGAGAGGGGAGGCUUCCACACCCAUCCCCCAGUGGCCGACACCUUGGCACCUGCUUUGCUGGCACCAGGGAGCCCUCAGCCCACUGACCCCCGGGCCAUGUAACCCUGGAUGGGCUGAACCCAGCUGUAGCUCUGGCCCUAACUGCUAAACCACCAGAUUCAGCUCUGUCCAUUCAGGUCUCCGGGCCUCUGCUCCAUGCUGCUACCCAGCUGCCCCCUCUGCUCAGCCCUCCCAGGGUAUGUGCAGCCCAGAGCCUGCGGCGGGGAUGGGCCAGCCAAGGCAGGCAAGCGUGGCAGCAUCACAGAGCUGGGGGAGCAGAAAGGGAAUUUCCCCAGGAUUCCUUCCCCAGGUCCAGCCACAACCGCCUCUCCCCUCCCCUCCCCACUCCCAUGCACCUGAGUGUGCCCAGGGCAGUCUGUUCCCAAGCUGUGCCAGAGGCCAGUUCAGAGCAGGGCCUGACGGGGUCUAACUGGACUGGGCAGAUUUCAGUUACUGGUUUAUAAUUCUGAUGGAUAACAUUGAUGUUGAAGCAUUUUUUUAUUUUGAUCUAUUUAAAUGUUCACAGCUGCAGAAAAUGAGGGGGGAAGGGGCGAGUCAGACAGUGGAGGGGUCAGACAGUGCAGGGAUCAGACAACAAUUAUUUAGUGACAGUGGAUGUUGAGAUUCCCCCAGUUAAAGUUUUAAUGCCAUUAUGAGACAAUCCGUCAACAUCCCAGAAUAUACACAGUAAAGAGCCUUCGAUCAAACUCAAAGAAGAACUUCAGCAGCGUUGUUCUUCCUUUGCCGAUCGGUGCAUUUCAGUGCUUAUCGAGGGAAAUGUUUUUCAUUGGGAGGGGGUGGGGGGCGGUGAAAUCAACGUGUACUGACAUUUACCAGUUCAAAUCGAUUCCUUCCCGGCCUAGUUAUUAUAACACAGACAAAUCCAAACUGUCUUGCAACUAGGGUUGCCAACUUUGUAAUAUUUAAAUCAGACACUCCAGCUGGCGUGCCGGAACCUCCCCUGCCCCGCCUCUUACCUGAGGCCCGCCCCUGCCCCGCCUCUUUUCCCCAAGGCCCCACCCCCGUCACUUCUCUUCCCCCAUCACUCACUGCUAUUCCCCUGCCCGGGAUCAUGGGAAUUGCAGUAAUCAGAGCCCAGUGCAGAGGUUGGAUGAUCCAUCCUGAAACAGGCAGUGUCUAGAGCAUGGCUAGAGCAUGUCGUUCUGCUACUCGCCACGGUCAGGGUAGGUGUCUCUCAGCAAUGCGGCGGGGCAGGGAAAAGGAAGGAGCCCCACUACAUGGAGUAAAAGGAGCAAGUUCUCCCCAAUGGACAUGUUGGGUUUUCGUAGGGUGCUGAAAUACCAUUGCCAGGAGCA